UUACAGAAACUCAUGGAUCCAGAAGUUGGAGCCAACAGGACGUCUGUUACUGAGUUCAUUCUCCUGGGCCUGGUAGAAACAGAGCAGCUGCAGGCUGUGGUCUUUGUAGUCUUCUUCUUUGCCUACCUGGUCACAGUCGGAGGCAACCUCAGCAUCCUGGCUGCCAUCUUGGUGGAGCCCAAACUCCACACCCCCAUGUACUUCUUCCUGGGGAACCUAUCAGUGCUGGAUGUUGGGUGCAUCACCGUCACUGUUCCCUCCAUGUUGGCUCGUCUCCUGUCCCACAAGCGUACAAUUCCCUGUAGAGCCUGCCUCACCCAGCUUUUCUUCUUUCACCUUCUGGCUGGGAUGGACUGCUUCCUGCUGACAGUCAUGGCCUAUGACCGAUUCCUGGCCAUCUGCCAGCCCCUCACCUACAGAGCCCGAAUGAACCAGGCAGUCCAGAGGAUAUUGGUGGCUGUGUCCUGGGCUUUAGGUUUCACCAAUGCACUAAAUCACACUAUUGCCCUAAAUACCCUCAACUUCUGUGGUCCCAAUGUGAUCAAUCACUUCUACUGUGACCUCCCACAGCUCUUCCAGCUGUCCUGCUCCAGCACCCAACACAACAAGCUGCUGCUCUUUGUAGCAGCAGCCUUCAUGGCUGUAGCCCCCUUGGUCCUCAUCACUGUGUCCUAUGCACAUGUGGCAGCUGCAGUCCUACGAAUCCAUUCAGUGGAAGGCAGGAAGAAGGCCUUCUCCACAUGUGGCUCCCACCUCACUGUGGUUUGCCUCUUCUAUGGUACUGGUAUCUUCAACUACAUGCGUCUUGGUACUGAUGAGUCUUCAGACAAGGAUAAAGGGGUUGGGGUCUUUAACACUGUUAUCAAUCCCAUGCUGAACCCACUUAUCUACAGCCUUAGAAACCCUGAUGUCCAGGGUGCCCUGUGGCGGGUUCUUGUGGGGAGGCAGUCACUGACCUAA